ACCCAAAAAAAUAUUAAUUAUGGAGAAAUCGCUUCCAACCCCCACAAAUCCAUGAAAAACAUUGAUAUCACUUUCCUCAGACAAGAAAGCUAAGACAGAGCAGAGGAAAGAUAUUGAUGAACUCUCUGAGAAGAUGGAUAAGCUUCAUCUGGACAGAAAAAUCGAAAAUCAUAAAGCAGGAACUAAGGAAGGUGUCCCUGGAGAGGAACAGAAGGAUAUUUCUCAAGAAGCACAAGACCUCGGUUUCGAAAAGAGCCUUAUUGGUAACCCUAAGCCCUUCACUGACCAUUCUUGAAGGUGCUCUAAGCUUACUGACUGGGUUGAAAUUACCAUAUAUGAGCUAUACCUUCUCUUGGAAGAACAAAGACAUCAGAAGGACAUCGCUGAGGAGGAAAUAUGCCCAAUUUGUCGGUGAGAAUUUUACGAUAACAUCCAUACUUUAAAGUAAAGAAGAAAUCCUUGAACAACAAACACAAAUGGUAGCUGAUCCCAGCCAGAUCUCAGUCAUCAAGUUUGACAAUUGCUCAGACCACUACUUCCAUAAAGGCUGUGCUGAGAUGAUGCUAGGUGAUAAAAGUUACCUUAAAUGACCGAUUUGAGCCAAUAUUUAUGGAUUCAUGACUGGAGAAAUGCCCCCUGGACGGAUGACCUGGCAAUAUUUCGAAGAGGGUCAAUAUCCUUGCUCCGGCUAUGAAUGCAGCGGAACUUGGCAUAUUCAUUACUCCUUCUAUGAUGGUUAUAAAGAGGAUGGAACUAGAUACAGAGGUACCAGGAGAGACGCUUUCUUGCCAGAUACUACUGAAGGUAAAGAAGUGCUCUUCUUACUAAUAAAAGCAUUCAAGCGGAGACUGACUUUUGUAGUGGGUGACUCUAUCACCACAGGAAGAAAGAAUGUAGUUGUAUGGAACUCAGUACAUCAUAAGACCAGCCUUGAAGGUGGUUCAGCGAACUUUGGCUAUCCUGAUGCUACAUACUUCAGCAGAGUCAAGCUUGAGCUUGCAGAUAAAGGUGUAGUCAUGGAAGAAGGAGAUAAUCCUAAGAAGAUUAAGAAGAAAGGAUACGUCCAGAUAAAUCUAAAAUAA